AUGUCUGGUCUUUCUUAUGAUACCAGGCAUUGUCUUACAUAUAGUCAAAGCGGAUAUUCUUUUAUUGGUAACCUUGAUAAAGCACUUUUAAGAGGAAUUACCGACAACCCUUCACCUACAAGUAGUAAAAUUCCAGAAAUUGUAUUUUCUAUUUAUCAAUUGAUGUUUGCCGCCAUAACACCAGCAAUAGCCAUUGGUUCCGCAGCUGAACGUGUUCGAAUAGUACCUUGUAUUUUAUUUAUUUUUGUAUGGUCAACGCUUGUAUAUGAUGUAAUUGCUUGUUGGUGUUGGUCACCGAAUGGAUGGUACUACAGGUUGGGUGGUUUAGAUUUUGCAGGAGGAACUCCAGUUCAUGUUGCUUCUGGUGCAGCAGCUCUGGCAUUUAGUUUAGUUUUAGGAAGACGUAAUGGUCAUGGAAGAGAUGAAUUUAAACCACAUAAUAUAACUUAUGUUGUUCUCGGUACAACAUUCCUUUGGUUUGGUUGGUUCGGGUUCAAUGGCGGUAGCGCAGAAGCAGCAAGUUUACGUGCAGCUAUGGCUUGUACGGUAACGAAUAUAGCAGCAUCAUUUGGUGGUAUUACUUGGAUGAUAAUGGAUUAUCGACUGGAACGUAAAUUAUCAACUUUGGGAUUUUGUUCGGGAGUCGUAGCUGGUUUAGUUGCUAUUACCCCCGGAUCGGGGUAUGUUAGUCCUCCUUCAGCUUUAAUAUUUGGUAUAGCUGGUGGAAUAUGUUGUAAUUUAGCAGUUAAAUUAAAACAUUGUCUUAACUAUGAUGAUGCAUUAGAUGUUUUUGCAGUUCAUGGAAUUGGUGGUUUAGUUGGAAAUAUCUUGACGGGAAUUUUUGCGCAGAAAUCAAUUGCAUUGCUUGAUGGGCAAAAAAUUAAUGGUGGGGCAAUAGAUGGAAAUCCUAGUCAAAUAGCUAAACAAUUAUCUUCAUCACUUGCGGGAAUGGCAUAUUCUUUUGCAAUGUCAUAUAUUAUUCUCCAAAUAAUAAAUAAAAUUCCUGGUUGUAGUUUACGGUUAAGCGCCGAUAAUGAAGAAUUCGGUACAGAUGAAAAUGAAAUUGGCGAAUCAGCAUAUUAUUUUGUAGAGAGAUUAGUAAAUAAUUACCAAGUUUCUCAACCGAGUACUUUAUUAAUGCAAACUGCGCCAGUAGUUCGACCAACAUCGCCGCAGAACACCGAUUCUAUAAAAUAA